CUCUGUCAUUCUACUGCGGUCGCUCUGGCUUUUUCCUGCCUGCGCCUCUCUCAACGUCUCCUUGGAGCCAGAUUCUCUUUGCUUUGCGACCCCAGCGUCUCCCGCCGCGGCAGAGGCCUCCAGACCCAGCCGGAGACGCCGACCGGGUGCACCAGCCCGGCUGUGGCCCAGACGCCCCGGACGGCCGCACCCUCCCUGCCUCUUUCGGAUCUGUUGAAAAACGUUCAAGAUCAUAAAAUUUAGAUGACCAAAAUGGAUAUCCGAGGUGCGGUGGAUGCUGCUGUUCCAACCAACAUCAUUGCUGCCAAGGCUGCAGAGGUUCGUGCUAACAAAGUGAACUGGCAGUCCUAUCUUCAGGGGCAGAUGAUUUCUGCAGAAGAUUGUGAAUUUAUUCAAAGGUUUGAAAUGAAAAGAAGUCCUGAAGAGAAGCAAGAGAUGCUUCAAACUGAAGGCAGCCAGUGUGCUAAAACAUUUAUAAAUCUGAUGACUCAUAUCUCCAAAGAACAGACGGUUCAGUACAUACUAACUAUGGUUGAUGAUAUGUUGCAGGAAAAUCACCAGCGUGUUAGCAUUUUCUUUGACUACGCCAAACGCUGCAAAAACACAGCCUGGCCCUACUUUCUGCCAAUGUUGAAUCGUCAGGAUCCCUUUACUGUUCAUAUGGCAGCAAGAAUUAUUGCCAAGUUAGCAGCUUGGGGAAAAGAAUUGAUGGAAGGCAGCGACUUAAGUUAUUACUUCAAUUGGAUAAAAACUCAGCUGAGUUCACAGAAACUGCGUGGUAGCGGUGUUGCUGUUGAAACAGGAACAGUCUCUUCAAGUGAUAGUUCUCAGUACGUGCAGUGUGUUGCUGGAUGUCUGCAGCUGAUGCUCCGGGUCAAUGAGUACCGCUUUGCCUGGGUGGAAGCAGAUGGGGUAAACUGCAUAAUGGGAGUUUUGAGUAACAAGUGUGGCUUUCAACUCCAGUAUCAAAUGAUUUUUUCAAUAUGGCUCCUGGCAUUCAGUCCUCAAAUGUGUGAACACCUGCGGCGCUAUAAUAUCAUUCCUGUUCUGUCCGAUAUCCUUCAAGAAUCUGUCAAAGAGAAAGUGACUAGAAUAAUUCUUGCAGCAUUCCGUAACUUUUUAGAAAAAUCAACUGAAAGAGAAACUCGCCAAGAAUAUGCCCUGGCUAUGAUUCAGUGCAAAGUUCUGAAACAGUUGGAGAACUUGGAACAGCAGAAGUACGAUGAUGAAGAUAUCAGCGAAGAUAUCAAAUUUCUUUUGGAAAAACUUGGCGAGAGUGUCCAAGACCUUAGCUCAUUUGAUGAAUACAGUUCAGAACUUAAAUCUGGAAGGUUGGAAUGGAGUCCUGUGCACAAAUCUGAGAAAUUUUGGAGAGAGAAUGCUGUGAGGUUAAAUGAGAAGAAUUAUGAGCUCUUGAAAAUCUUGACAAAACUUCUGGAGGUGUCAGAUGAUCCACAAGUCUUGGCUGUUGCUGCUCAUGAUGUUGGAGAAUAUGUGCGGCAUUAUCCACGAGGCAAACGCCCAGGCUUCUUUGUAGUGGUGGAUAUUGAUAACCCUGACUCCAAAAUUAUGACAGUUUCACUGGAACAGCAUUUGCUGGUGCUGUGUAAUGUCACUUGGGUCACAUUCUGA